CGAAGAGGACGCCAACGCCAGGGCUGGCACUGCAGCACAGUAGUGCCAGAGUGAAAGCAAACCUUCUUACUUCUGGGAUCAUACACUUGCACCCGGUGCAGUGUGCUUGAAGUGCUUCCAAUUUGCAACCGAAGUUAGCCAAACAUCGAGCAGAGUGUGUGCUAAAGCACUUGAAAAAAGUCGUCUACUUCUUGUUGCCUGCAGGCGGUCGUGUGUGUGUGCGUGUGUGCGUGUGUGUUACGAAAUGCGACUAAUGGCUUGACAGAUGCGAGCAGAAGCCUGCCAAGCGCUAUCACUUUUUCGGUGCGUCGCCGCGCUACGUCACUUCCGCGUCAUCGUUAUCGCGUCCGUGCGUAAAUCGUGAAGGACGUUUCAUUCGAGCGUCCUCACUUUUCAUCAGUUUUGUGUAAUCAGUCCUCUUCCCUAACCACACUCGCUUUCCUUUUUUUGUUCCAUCGACGGUAAACGGGGGUGUGUUUUUGUGUGUGCGAAAAAUUUGCCCACUCCUCACUGUGACGGGCGUGUGAACGGUGAGCCUCGAACGCGGCCGUGAGAUGUGAGAGCGUGAGAUUGAGUCGUAUAUGUGUGUGCGUGUGUGCCGAUGUGGAUAAUGCAAUCACAACGUCAAAGUAAUCGUCGCGUCUUCCGAGGGGAGCAUAUGGUAUGAUGCUGCGUGCGGGUAUCAUAGUAACGCGACGCCUUCCUGAGCAGCUUGGCUGUUCGGCUUCCAACUGGCGUUGCUGUCAAGGCGGUGAGGACAUGCACCCACGCGAAUUCGUAUUCAGCAAGUGAGCGUGUAAGUGGCUCCAGUAAAAGGGCAGUGAAUCUUGCAGAAAAGGGAGACAUCCAUUACAUCCAUCGAUCAACAACAGUAAGCUCGUGUGAAUGCUUUUGAAGUGUGGCCGCAUCGGAGCUAAACACGGGGAUGUCCCGUGCUGGAGCGGAUAAGGUUGCAAGUGCUGGACCAUAGUGUGUAUCAACUUGGAGCAAACAUCCUCACACAACGACACGACACUCAGUAGGUACACACCGUCUCGCGUGUAGCGUGUAUACAGGCAUCCCAAAAUCGAAAGGCUUCAACAUGAGGAUGGACGUGUUUCGAUGGCUGCCCGGUGCCUGCGGAAGUCUCGGCCCGGCCCUUAUACCACCGGCCCACAUUGCCGUGCUGUGGUACUUCUGGCAGAAUUACUCCCGGUUCGUCGACAAGCGGUUCUGUUCCUGCUCCUGCUGGGAUACGGUAUUCAAAGGAACGUAUGAGUCGGGCAUUGCCUCAUACAAACACAUGUACUUCAAUGCGACCCAGAACACGAUGAAGAUGUGGCUGCUGAUCGUGGUUGGUGUGAUCGCACUGUACGAGUGUACGAAACAUUUGGUGCAAUUACUGCUACAGUGCAAGGUGCGCUACACGAUGAUCGUGCUGUUCCUGUUGUCAAUCUUCUCGCAUUACUACGCGUGGUGGGCGUAUCUCAAUUAUUACAACGACGAGUACUACCACCAGUGGAACCAUCAGUUAUUCUUCACCAUCACCGAGCUCAUAUCAACCAGUGUCGUACUGCAUUUAGCCAACGUAGAAAAUCAGGUUACCGCCCGUAAAACACUUAGCAUUGUCGGCAUAGCGUUGCUACACAUCCUGGCCAGCGGUGUCGAUCAGUUCAUAUCAAACGUGUUCCGAGGGGAAGGUUAUCCACAUCAGGUCGUGCGGGAUCUUGGCUUUAUGAUACCGGACGUGAUGCAUCUGUUACUUCCACUGUGGUUGCUGCGUCAAACUCGCCUCGAAAGCUUCAGCACGCGACCAUUCUACCGUGAUCGUAACUUGCGCCGGGACGUCGUGCUGAUGUUCUUCGUCGUUACAGUAUUAUUCACCAUCUGUUCAUUUCUCUAGAAGGAGGAGUUCCAGGAGGCGGAGGCUAAAGUUGACUAAGUAGCGAAAUUUCUUCCCACCAUGCGCAGCAUUUUAUCCUUACCAUUUACUCUAAAAAACAUACAUCACCACCACCACUACCACCACCAUAUUUAUCAACGAACCACCGUCCUCGAGAAAAGGAAACUUUAAGCCAAAAUCAAAAGUAACGUAAUCGCCUCCCAAUAACCUACUCCAGAUUGGGAGUAGCCGGAAAACAGGACUGCGAAGUGGAAUGUUUUAAUGGCUUUCUCUUUUUGCGAUCGUCCGCCAAGCUCAAUCAACGUGCGCUACAUAGCAGCAGUAGCUUCCAUAUUGGCGAGAGAGAAGGAACGGUUUAGACGGUUUUAACGACAAAACAAGGCUUCCAUCGAAAGGGUAUCAGCGUGUGUAGGAACAAAACCAGAAGACAGGAACACAUAUCCAGCAAAGACGCAUCAAAUCACGCGAGCGCAUCAAGUGGAAAUUCUUAUCAGUAGUAGCAUCGUAGUGCGUCAUGGGUCGCUUGCGCAGAGGAUCGGAACAAGUGGGGUGCAAGUGUUUAUCUGCUUCCCGUUUGUCAGAAAACAAGGCUGAUUUUUACCACCAGUACGCGACUGGUUCGUGUAUGAGCUUUUAAUAUGUGGAUGGGCUGACGAAAAGAAGAGCGGGAUAGAAUCUUUUCCCAGCCAGUUGCCUGUUGUUGCUCCGUUAUAUGCCAUAUCAUAGUGUGUUUGCCUGGUUGUUUUAAAGGCAUGCAGCAGCAGUCCGUUUGAAUGGUCAGCUCGGCGAACAGUUUUGCUGAGAUUUGUCAACAAGUAAGACACGUUUGUGUCGUGCGUAUUGCAAGCAUUUAGAGAGCUUUUUGUGUUAUGAAUUGUAAACUUCCAGAGUAAGUGCGCAAUCGGCAAUAGAAACACGCUCACCGAUAAGCAAUCCGCACCACAAUCUUGGCUUAUUUUACUUAGCAUAACUGUUAACGACGCUGCGUUACCGCGUCCGCUCUUUGUUAUCCGCAUCGUGUUUUAGAAAAACCCCGUUUACGUUUGCCAUUAAUUGUAACGUUUGCGAUAGUGCGAAUAGUGAUCAGUUUUAGUGAAAAGGAAAAACAAAACCGAUAGCGAAAGUAGUGCAACUCAUCUAAGAGAGAGACAUCUUAAAAGGAAGGAUGGACUAAAACAAGGCGAAAGAAUCGUACUAGAAUGUAGACAAUAAAUAAAAACACAUGAUUAAGUGUAAGUGUAAGAGAAGAAGCCUCCUGCCUCUAAAGGAAACAGACAAGUAAACCACAAACAAACUACUACCGCUUACAGUUAAUCGAAGAUAUAGGAUAAUAAGCGAAAGCCGGAGGAGCACAGGUAUAGGAGUGUAAGAAGGGUAAAAUAAAUGGUAAAAUAAAACCCCAAAAAAGAACCCAUGUCAUAGAUUAGCCCACGAGAUCAAGCGAAUAAGAGUAAUCAAGGGAAACCAAAAACCCCCGAAGAUGUAUAGAGCCGUAUUUAUACAUAUAUAUAUAUUUAUUAUUUAUACAACCGUUCACUUCCUGGACAAGUUAAAUGAGGCUAAACCGCAGCGGAAAGCAUCAUCGUUAGACUGCCAUACUUUAAAAGUAACGCAUAAAAACGAAGCGAUGCUAAAAGGGAUUAGUAAAUUGUCAAGUCUGUAGGCAGAAGUAGGAAUUAAUUAAUAAAACGACCACAAAAUGACCACUCCAUCACCUUUCCCGUUGGAAGCGCUGGAUAGGCUGUUGAAAGCGCGCUAAGCAAGGAGUUUUUUUGUUAUAACAAUUGCAUACUAUCGGGCAUUUUACCGAGUGAUUACAAUCAUAAGGGCCUACAAGUAUGCGACUGGUAUAGUAUCACGAACCCAUUUACGCGGUGCUGUAGAGAGCUUAGCCAUUUCUUUUAGCAGGAGAAACAACUGUUCAGCACUGUUUCCCUUCCCAUUGUCCCAGUGUGGAUGGUUGUUGGGCCGAAAGCGAUGGAAACAAAACAAACAAAUUAAGAUUAAAGAAAAAAACAGCCCGAACUGAACGUUUAAGUACUUCCUUGCUAGCCCAUAGAGCAGCCAUUUUGUUCCGUUUUAUUGGUUUAGUAUAUAGAGGUUUAGAUCAAGGCAGAAAGCGUCGUUCGGUAUGUGAAACCUUAACCAAAAACCGAGAAACUGAGCAAAAUAGAAAAUAAAUUGUAUGCGAAGAAAUGAAAGGGCGAGUGCAGGGAUGUGUUUGAAUAGUUUGUAGCAAAGAUACCUAAUACAACGCAAGUUUGUGUAGAUCGGAUUUUUAUUCAGUUACUGGGGACGUAUAAUACGGCAGUUAGGUAUUACGGGACGUUAUGCUUUUCUUUACACAGAAAUGUGUGGCAGCGUUUGUUAAGUUGUGAUUUAAUGUAUAAAGACCCCCGUUUGUUCAUUUGGCUCGAAAUCGGCAAAAGAAAAGCGUAGCGAAAGGUAGCUUAAGCUUGGAACCAAACGGCGGAUGGGUGUAAAGAAGUAAGGAAUGAGGAGGAAAGCGGUGAAUUUCUUUCCCUUUUAUCGUGAUUUUUAAGUAUGUAUUUAUUUUAGUGUAGUACACGGUUAAACAUAGUUGCUGUAUGAAUUUUGUGCAAUUCUCGCGAAUAAAAACUGCGAAAAGCUCAGUUGAUGAUAA